AUGGAUUCAGGGAAGGCGAACAAGCGGGAAGUAGAUGAGCUUAAUUUACUAGUGGAGAAAGGAGCAGCAGAAAUAUUAUGCCAAACAAAUGACGGGGCACAGUACAACUCUAGCAGAAUGGAGCCUAUCAAGAACACACAGAUGGUUCUUAAAAUUAAUCUUGAUGAUGAAGAGGAAUCAUUGGCGAAAGAAGAACAUCAAUUGUUGCUUGCUGAUUGUGUUCAAGUUCCUGAUCGAUGA